GAACUUUUCGGAAACCUUUUAAAUUUCUCCUAAACUUAAAUUGAAAAAUCCAACGACGUUACGACAUAGAAAAAGCAUUUCUUUAUUUUUUGAGACCGAUCCGAAAUUUCUAGCUCGAAAAAUGGCUGAGGUAUCUUGGAAGUACAAAACCCUGUAGUCAUAAAAAGAGAUUUUGAGAGAAAAAGCUAUGCAUUAGUUGAUCUACUCUGGAACUUCUGGGAAAAUACUUGUAACUUUUGACGCAACGUUGUACAAGAUUGUGCAAUGUCUUAUUCUGAUCAGAAAAGUCUGCUCUACAAGUCUGCUUAUGAGGUUUUUUUUCUAUAAAAUAUCUCGAUCAGAGGCAAUAAUUUUACCUAGUCAUGGAAAUAUCGCGCUAAACAUUAGAACUAUCACGGCAAAAUAAAUUUAUCGGUCUCUAUCGAGAUGAAAUACUGCUCCGAUAAAGAAGCUUUCCACGAUAAUUCUAAUAUUUAUCGAGGUAGAAUAAGGCAUUCCACUAGUGCUAAUAUGCAUCAUGAUGAAACUUAUUAUCUCGAGAUCAUGGCAAAUAUAUUUUAGUUCUAUAAAGCUAGAUAAAUUUAUUUAAGGCAAUAAAGAUAGUAUUUAUCGCAAUAUUUUCUGUAUCCCGAUGCAUGGCAAAUAAAUUAUUUUCUGAUAUUUUUUAAGCGGUAAGGUGAUACAAUUCAUCGAUAAAAGUGCCAGGGGUUGUGACGGAGCACCGAUUUUAUACUGUUUUAACGCGUAAACAGAUUGUGUCCGGUUGUACGGCAUUAAAUGAUUCAAAUAGCGCGUUUUAGCGGGAUAUCUUAUUUCUUACGUUGGAGUAAGUUAAUUCUUCGUAAGUAACGCGGUAUUAACGUACAUUAUACAGUGCAAGAAGAUAAAAAGUCGUAGAAAAAGGAAGAGAAAUUACGAAAACCUUUUGCGCGAAAUUAAAGAGAUAUUGCAUAUUAACGAGAUAAGAAGAGUAGCGAGGUCAGCGGGCGAUCCUGAUGGCAUUCCCGUUUCAUUUUUGUUGAAAUCUGAACGCCAGCACAAUUUUGUCUCGUAUAACGAGAAAAUGCUGAUCUUGGCAAAGUAAAAUCGCGAUCUUAUAAUCGUAAUAGCCAAAUCAGUAAUGAGAUUCCGUUCCAGUUUGUGUUUCAGAAGUGUGACAGGAUCACGGUAAUAUUACAGCAAGAUUUUCCCUUUGCAGAGGAAAAUUUUUCAAACUAAUCAUUCUUUGUCUUCCGCAGAUCUGGUUUAGGCUGUUUCAUGAAAUAGUAAGAAAGAGAGAAUAUAAAUUCCCAUCAAAUAAAUCGUUGCACGAAGCUAGGAUUAAAUACACUAACUUCAUAUUUUCCUUUUCCUCUGUAACCAUGUAAUGUUUUUUUUAUUUCGUCUAUCCGUCGAAAGAAGAAAAACAGAUAGAUAAUGUGGAUAUAUUAUCGUCUACUGUGUUUAUCCUUCGUCCUCUUUUAACAUACGAUAGACCUCAAUAAACGUGAAGAAAGAACAGUAGUAACAAUUAAAACAUCUAUUUUCAUGACGAUCAAAAAUAUAGACACGCAAAUUUCUAUUUAGGCUGUUGCAGCCCAGAAAAUAAAUGACAAAUUGGGGUGUUGUACAAAAAAUAUAAGAUCAAAAACUUUAGUUAAACUUAAGCUAAAACUAGAUAAUCUAUCUUAUAAAGAUAUUUUUAUCGGUAUAUAAAGCGUUCUUAUUCCGUUGACUUAGGCAAAUCCACAGGUAUCUGUUAACUUUCAGUAACUUUUCUUCGCUCAAGUUAGAUCCAAGUUAGUCAUCUAACUUCCUUAACUCAGACAUCUAACCUUCUCUUUUCGUUUUUUCAUGAAACACAUUCUGUUUAAGAGUCGCUGCACGAUAGAGAUGACUUAAGUUACUCAGUCUAUGUCUGAACUUUUUGUUCAUAUUUGCAUAGUAGGUAGCAACGACACACUUACGAAGAUUGCUAAAAGUUUUUCGUUGGAACUUAUUUUCCUGAAAAGUUAUGGAAUAUUUCGUAAAAACCUUAAAAAUAGGCUGAAACGAUAACUAUAUGAAAGUGAAAUUUCUUUUGUUUAUAUCUUGGUCUGCGAAGUAGAUAAAGAGUCCAGAUUUGGAGCAUAAGUAGUCGAGGUUCAGUACUAUGUAUAGCCAAGAGUAUAUGCAAAAACAACUGUCGCACAUGUGGGGGCAUAUACGCACAACAACAAGACUUUUUAUGCAUAAUUGCAGUAUAAAAAUGACCCAGUUGAAGAUCGAUUUUCUCGCCUGGUACCUCUUGAAAUUUUGGCGCUCAUAUGCCAAUGAUGAGUACUCAUGCCAGCUUGUCAAACUAUGCUUUCAGAUUUAUGGCGUAUUCAGCUUCAGUCUGGUUUAUUACAAUAGAUUUUUUUUUGAACCGUUGUAAUAAACCAGACUCAAGUUGAAUACGUCACAAAUCUGAAAGCAUAGUUUGACAAGCAAUCAACAUCGUCCUUAUUGCCAACACAACCUACACCCUCUGAUACAGCAAUUCAAAAUAAUAUUUCUUCACUACCACCAACACCAUCGUUCGUAUCGCCACGACAACAAGCUUCUUCAUUAACAACAUGUCAGGACUUGAUAGCCGAUGUUACGUCGCGUUUGACAACUCUACCUCUCUCUACACAAAAACAAACAUGGGCUUGUUUUUCGGCUAUUUCGAAUGCAUUGGUUUCCAGUUCUGGUAUUGACAUUGGAACAUUACAAACAGUAAUGUCAUUAUCACCAUUACCUUCACGUACACAGACAGCAUCACCAUCGGUUUCAGGUAAACGGGUCGAAUUUGCUGGUGCAACAAAAAUAACAUCAUCAAUCACCCUUUCUACCAAAAAUGCGAAUAAACGACCGUUGAGUAUUGUGGAUGUCGAUGAUUUUGACGACGAUGAAAUUGAUGAGAACUUGACACCAAAAUUGAAAAAACGUCAACCACCACCAACAGCUCGUGUCAGUUCACUGUUGGGUCGAUUAGAAGAUGUAUUAACUCCAUUCGAAAAGUACACAAAGCAAAAUAUUAUUCCGUACAUAAGUACUGACGACGGCGAAGAUUAG